UAUAAAAUCGAACUGCAUAGACUAUUUCGAUUCAGUAUUAUUAAGGCCGACAAUGAUUCCACACGUUAUCUGCGCAGUGUUGUUACUUCAAGUGGCUUAUGCUGCACCAGCUGAACUUGACUGGUGGAGAAUCGUUAAUGGCACGGAUGCGUCCAUCAAGGAUUAUCCAUUCGCGAUAUCCCUUCGCGGUAGCACCGGCCGUCAUUCUUGCGGUGGAAGCAUUCUGAACGAAAGAUGGGUUAUGACCGCUGCUCACUGUGUCAAUUACUACACAACUCCUUUGGUGCAAACGGUGCAAGUUGGUAGAACUGAUGUAUCACGGGAGGUCGAUGAUUCCGUGUACGGGAUUGAGGAUGUGAUCGUUCACCCGUUCUACAAUCCAUCCAGGAGUUACAUCUUCGACAUCGCGUUGCUGAAACUGAAAAAACCGUUGGUAUUCAGUGAAACCAUCCAACCGGUUGAGCUACCGGAGAAGUAUCAUGAGGUGCCUGAAUCCGAUUCGACAGUGACUCUGAUUGGAUGGGGUUUAAAGGCAACGGGAGGUAUUCUGCCCACCACACUACAGCAAGUGAGCUAUUCUGUGGUACCAAAUGCCAAGUGCAGUGAAUUGCACUACAAUCACAUUUACCCAAAUCACAUUUGUGCAGCCACUCCGGGAGGUGGAAAAGGGCAGUGCAGCGGCGAUUCUGGCGGUCCACUGCUGCACAAAGGAGUUCAAGUUGGCAUCGUGUCGUGGAGUGUUAAACCUUGCGCUGUAGCACCUUAUCCAGGAGUGCUGACCAAAGUGUCCUAUUUCAUUGAUUUUAUCAAACAACACAUAAAUAAUUGACGAACUUCUACUGUCACCGCCACGUACAAACUAUUCAAAAUUGAAUAUAAAUUUGUAAGUUGCAUUUGUAACACAUUGUCACAAACCGCCGAAUACCAAAUCUUCCAUGAAAAUAAAUGUGUCUCCGUUGUUUU